GCUCUUCUUAUUCUUCGAUUAUUCAUCGCUAAGCCUUGCUGUCUUUUGAAAAAGAUAGACAUGGGCCGAACCUCGGAUAAGAACGGUGCCAUGGCCGCCCGAGUGGCCGAGUACUGCCGAGCCCUCGGCGGUCGUCGCCCAAUCAACAGCGUGUUGAUUGCCAACAACGGGAUCGCAGCCGUCAAGUUCAUUCGGAGCAUACGCUCGUGGGCCUACGAGACUUUUGGAGUGGAGAGAGCUGUCCUGCUCGUGGCUAUGGCGACCCCAGAGGACAUGCGGGUCAAUGCCGAGCAUAUCCGAAUGGCCGACCUGUUUGUGGAGGUUCCCGGCGGUUCCAACAACAACAACUACGCCAAUGUCCAUCUCAUUGCCGAGGUGGCAGAGAGAACUGGAGCGGAUGCCGUCUGGCCAGGAUGGGGCCACGCAUCCGAGAACCCAGAUUUGCCCGACGCCCUUGCAGCCCGUGGGAUCGUGUUCCUUGGCCCUCCGUCCAGAGCGAUGUCCGCCCUGGGCGACAAAGUGGGAUCCACCCUCAUUGCUCAAGCUGCGGGUGUGCCAACUCUUCCCUGGAGCGGCUCUGCGGUCGGCAUGCCAUUCGACUGCUGCUCGGACCCCAUACCCCGUGACGUGUACAGGCAGGCCUGUGUCCAGGGCCCUGAGGAGGCCGUUGCCACGUGUCAGGUUAUUGGCUAUCCGUCCAUGAUCAAGGCCUCGUGGGGAGGCGGGGGGAAAGGCAUCAGGAAGGUGCACAACGACGACGAGGUUUGUGCUCUCUUCCGGCAAGUCCAAGGGGAAGUCCCCGGAUCCCCCAUCUUCAUUAUGAAGGUGGCCUCUCAGAGCCGGCAUCUGGAAGUUCAAUUGCUCUGUGAUGCCUAUGGCAAUGUUGCAUCCCUCCACAGUAGGGACUGCAGCGUACAGAGACGGCACCAGAAGAUCAUAGAGGAGGGCCCGGUCACCGUGGCGCCCCCGGAGACGGUCAAGAAGCUUGAGAGAUGCGCUCGCAGGCUGGCGAAGUGUGUGGGGUAUGUUGGGGCGGCCACUGUUGAGUACCUCUAUAGCGAGGAGGAUGGGGGCUACUACUUCCUGGAGCUAAACCCUAGACUUCAGGUCGAACACCCUGUGACAGAGUGGAUUGCAGGGGUCAACCUCCCCGCCGCCCAAUUGAGCAUUGGGAUGGGAAUUCCCUUGUGGAAGUUACCGGAAAUGCGCCGGCUUUACGGACAGGAGGGCGGGGGAAGCCUGGAUGCAUGGCAGGUGCUGGCUGCAAAACCGUCCCUAUGGACCCCAUUCGACUUUGAGCUGACCGAGUCUGCUGUUGUCAAGCCUAGAGGACAUGUCGUUGCUGUUCGCAUCACCAGUGAGGAUCCUGACGAUGGGUUUAAGCCUACUUGCGGACGGGUGCACGAAUUGAGUUUUAAGAGCAAACCGGACGUGUGGGCCUACUUUUCGGUCAAGUCCGGGGGCGGAAUUCACGAGUUUUCGGACUCGCAAUUUGGUCAUCUGUUUGCGUUCGGAGAGAGCAGAGCGGCCUCGUCCGCAAACAUGGUCCUGGCAUUGAAAGAGCUGCAUAUUCGCGGGGAAAUCCGAACUAUUGUUGGCUACUGCAUUGACUUGCUGCAUACGAGUGAGUACCAGAAGAACCGUUUCCACACAGGAUGGCUGGACAGCCGCAUUGCGAUGAAUGUGCGCAUGGAGCGGCCACCGUGGCACAUUGCAGUUCUUGCUGGCGCUUUGCACGCCGGUCACACCCUCGCCCUGUCUCGCAUCUCGGAGUACAUCAGCUACCUGGAAAAGGGCCAGAUCCCCCCCAAGAACCUCUCUUUGGUAGACUUCAAGGUGACCCUCAAUAUUGAUGCUCGCAAAUACACGGUCCAUUUGACAAAGAGGAGCCCUAACUCAUACCAUGUGCAACUGAACUCUUCGGAAGUCAAUGCAGACAUCCAUACCCUUAGGGAUGGAGGACUACUUCUUCAGGUGGAUGGCAACAGCCAUGUGGUUUAUGCUGAAGAGGAGGGAGCUGGGACUCGGUUGCUGAUUGACGGACGAACUUGCUUGCUGCAGAACGAUCACGAUCCCUCAAGACUUAGAGCGGAUACCCCUUGCAAAUUACUGAGGUGGUUGGUGCCAGACGGGAGCCAUGUCCUGGCUGACACAGCGUAUGCGGAGGUGGAGGUCAUGAAGAUGUGCAUGCCCCUCCUUGUUGCAGCUUCCGGAAGGAUCAGGUUUCGGAUGAGCGAGGGGCAAUCCAUGCAGGCGGGCGAUUUGGUGGCAGUGGUGGAGCUCGAUGACCCGUCAAGUGUUCGAAAGGCCAUGCCGUUCGCUGGAUCUCUUCCUCGUCUCGGGCCGCCGACCCCUGUUCCUGACAAGGUCCAUCGGCGAUGUGCAGCAGCAGUUUCCGCAGCCCGCUAUGUCCUUGAUGGCUACCAUCAGCCAAUCGAUGAGGUGGUCACAUCGCUUCUUCACUGCCUGGACGAUCCUCGGCUUCCGUUUCUGCAGUGGAAAGAGUGCUUUUCAGUCCUCGCAGCACGACUCCCGAAGGAUUUGAAGUCCAAGUUGGAUGACCUUUGGAAAGAUGAUUGUGAAGGUGUUGGGUCCAUCAUGCCUGAGGAGGACGGCGUGACUGCUGCGGUGGCUGCUGCAGAGUUCCCUGCGAAAAAGUUGAAGGAUGUUUUGGAGGGUUACUUGCAGGAUCAGACACCUGAUCAGAGGCAGGGACAAGAGAGACUGCUAAGUCCCCUGUUGAGUUUAGCUUGCUCUUACGUUGGAGGGCGCGAGGGGCAUGCCUGCACAAUCGUGCAGUCGUUGUUCGAACAGUAUCUUGAAGUGGAAGAGAUGUUUAGUGAUCAGCCGCAGCCGGAUGUCAUUGAGGCGUUGCGCGUCCGCCACAGGAACCAUCUGUCCAAGGUUGUCGACAUGGCGUUGAGUCACCAGGGAGUGAAGCACAAGAACAAGCUCCUGCUGAGUUUGAUGGGCACCCUUGUGCUGCCGAACCCGGCUGCUUAUCGCGAACAGCUGCUCCGGCUUGCUGGGUUGACACAUACCAGCCAUUCAGAGGUUGCAAUGCAAGCAAGCCAGCUGCUUGAGCAGACCAAGCUGAGCGAGCUUCGGGUUGCCAUAGCUAGAAGUUUGUCUGAGCUCGAGAUGUUUACAGGUGAUGGGGUAGAUGGUGUCCACAGGCGAGUGGUGUCAAUUGAGGAGAGGAUGAAGGAGUGGGUGGAUGCACCGGUUGCAGUGGAAGAUGCUCUCAUAGCUUUGUUCGAUCACAAGAGCAAGAAACUCCAGUACCGCGCAAUUGAGACGUAUAUCUACCGCCUCUACCAGCCAUACCUCGUAAGAGGAUCAGUAAGGAUACGGCAGCAGAAUACAUAUGCGAUUGCCAUCUGGCAGUUCUGGGAGGAGAGUGCUCCACCUCCAGUAGAUGUCGUUACUGGGAUGUUGUAUGAUGAUGAUCCCGACGACUGGGCAAAUGAAAAGAGUGUUUGCCGAUGGGGCGCAAUGGUGGUUGCUUCUGCUAUUCGCAUAAUUCCCAAGGCUCUGGACACCGUUCUUGCAGAGACAUAUGGAGGAUGGAUUACAAGCCUGACCACAGCAGGGGGGUCGGAAGGCCGGAAGCAUUCAUCAACCAAUGCAACGAUGCCAAAGAGAGUAAGCUUUGUUGGCACCCCUUCUGGAUUUGGGAAUGUUGUGCACUUGGCAUUGACUCGAGUGAAUAGCAGCUUUAAGGAUGUUCAGGACAGUGGAGAUGAAGGGCAGGCAGAAGAAAGAGUAUCCAAACUUGCAGAAAUGCUAUCGACCAGCACGGUUGGCGCUUCUCUGCACCAUGCUGGAGUUGGUGUGGUGGGUUGUAUCAUCCGUCGCGAUGAGGGGCGAUCACCGAUGAGGCAUUGCUUUCAAUGGUCAUCUGAGCACGGGCGCUUUGUUGAAGAUCCUUUGUUGCGGCAUGUGGAGCCACCUCUGUCGAAUCUGCUCGCUCUCGAAAAGCUGAAGGCCAUGGGCUCUACACGAUAUGCAUCCUCCCGGGAUCGCCAGUGGCACAUGUACAUGUUUGCAGAGAAAGCUCGUGGAGGGGUGAGGAGCUUCCGACGUAUGUUUCUGCGAACUGUACUGCGACAACCAUCGUCGCUUACGGUGGAUACAAUCCAUCGUGGUCCUCCUCUGAAAGGAAGCGUAAUACCUUCGUUCGGUCAGUCGCUGGGUGGUGACAGAAGGGAUGAUGGAGCGAGUGAUCGGACAGUGCCAGCACCUAGCUUGGAAAGGCUGGAGUGUGUUCAUACCCAUCAUGAGGAGAGAAUGCAACGGCAAGCAGAGCCGGAUGAGGUGGAGAUCCAGAAACUGAAGGACGGUCUGAUGAGAACCAUCUCGGGAGCCUUGGAUGAGCUGGACCUUACUUCCCUGGAUGUCAAACUUCGUGCCGAUCACAUACAUCUCUUCGUGUCAUUGUUGCGAGCCCUCAGGCCGAGGCUGCUGCCUGCUGAGGAGCGGGCAGAGCCCUGUCCAGGGGAAGGUCUUAUUGACAGUCAUGCUGAUGAGAUGAACCCAAGGGAUCGGGGAACUGCUUUCGGGCAAGGUAUGCUCAUGACAGCCCUGGAGAAGAUGGUGCGGCAAGUCGACAAGCACCUAGGUCAGAGAAUGCAGCGCUUGGGUGUCAUGAAAUGGGAGGUGCGAUUGCGGGUGAAUGGAACUGGAAGAACGUGCGAUGGAGCAUGGAGAAUCAUCGUCUCCAAUCCCAGUGGCUAUGCAUGCAGCAUCCAGGUGUACAGGGAGGCAGUGGAUCCCAAAUCUGGUGAAGCAGUUUACUUCUCCGCUUCUGAGGACUGCUGUAGCACUGUGACGGCUCCCUUACACAUGACCCCUUUGGCGGCACCUUACAAAGCUCUGGAUGCACUAGAGCAGAAAAGAAUUACUGCAUGGAAGAACCAGACAACUUACUGCUACGAUUUCCCCCUUGUGUUUGAGUCCGCUCUGCAGGAGACGUGGAUGCUCAGCGGGAAGGUCGCAGAUGGACCGUUGAUGGAUGCAUCCGAACUGGUUCUUACUGGCACUGGUGCAAGCGAUGGCAUGAGCUGGGGUGCACCCCUUGCACCACUGCCAAGUAGCAGAGCGGCAGGAAGCAAUGAUGUGGGGAUGGUGGGUUGGCGCUUCUGCAUGCGCUCGCUUGAAUGCCCUGCAGGCCGAGAAAUACUCGUUGUUGCAAAUGACGUCACUUUCCAAGCAGGUGCAUUUGCGCCACGAGAAGACGCAUUCUUUAAAGAGAUCACAGAAUUUGCAUGCCAGCAAGGCCUUCCUCUCGUGUACUUGGCUGCCAACUCUGGUGCCAGAAUUGGCGUUGCUGAGGAGGUGAGAUCCUGCUUUCGCAUUGGUUGGGUUGAGGAAUCAUCCCCACAGAACGGUUUCCAGUAUUUGUAUGUUACAGAGGAGGACUAUGUGCGUAUAUCAUCGUCCGUGAUUGCUCAUAAGUCCAUCUUACCAACCACGGGUGAAAUCCGUUGGAUCAUCGAUGAUAUCAUUGGCGCCGAAGACGGGCUUGGUGUGGAGAAUCUGUCUGGGAGUGGAGCGAUUGCAGGCACGUUUGCAAAAGCCUAUGACACAACAUUUACUCUCACCUUUGUGACUGGGCGCACUGUUGGGAUCGGUGCAUAUCUUGCAAGGUUGGGGCAACGCUGCAUCCAACGCGUCGAUCAACCAAUUAUUUUGACAGGUUUUUCAGCUUUGAACAAGUUGCUGGGCCAGGAGGUUUACACUUCCCACAUGCAGCUGGGAGGACCGAAGGUGAUGUCGGCUAAUGGGGUAGUUCAUCUGACGGUGGAAAAUGAUUUGCAGGGCGUGCAGGCGAUUCUGCGAUGGCUAAGCUACGUACCCCCAGUUCGGGGUAGUAGUUUACCCAUCGUCCCCAGCACAGACCCCAUCAGUCGUCUGGUGGAGUAUGUUCCUGAGACCUCUUGCGACCCACGAGCUGCAAUUCAGGGCAUAGUUGACUCGUUUGGUCAUUGGAAGGGGGGUCUGUUCGACCAGGGUAGUUUCAUGGAAACGUAUGAGGCCUGGGCACAAACAGUUGUGACAGGAAGGGCUCGCCUUGGGGGUAUUCCUGUUGGCGUUAUUGCUGUGGAGACACAGACUGUGAUGCAUAAGAUUCCAGCUGACCCUGCAAUGCCUGAUAUGCAUGAGACUACAGUCCCACAGGCCGGCCAAGUUUGGUUCCCCAACUCUGCUGCGAAAACUGCACAGGCUUUGCAGGAUUUUAACCGAGAGGGUCUGCCUUUGUUUGUCCUCGCAAACUGGAGAGGUUUUUCAGGAGGGCAGAGGGAUCUGUUUGAUGGAGUCCUGCAAGCAGGAUCACAUAUUGUCGAGCACCUGUCACAGUACCGGUGGCCGGGGUUUGUUUACAUCCCGCGGAUGGGGGAGUUGAGGGGCGGAGCAUGGGUUGUGCUUGACAGCAAGAUCAAUCCGGAAAUGCUGGAAAUGUAUGCCGACUCAUCGGCACGUGCAGGUGUGCUUGAACCUGAAGGGCUGGUUGAGAUUAAGUAUCGGCCCAAGGAGUUAAUAGAGACUGUUCAUAGACUUGACCCAGAGUUGAUUAGGCUGGACAAGGAGCUGAAAGUGAGGAGCACACUCCCAAAUGACAGGGCUGUCUUGCAGGAGCUGCAGGAGCAGAUCAAAUCGCGCGAGUCGACUCUUCUUCCUAUGUACCGGCAAGCUGCAGUGGCCUUUGCAGCUCUACACGAUUCGCCGAAGCGCAUGCUUGCAAAGGGAGUCAUCCAACAGAUUGUCAAUUGGGAGCAUUCUCGCCAAUUCUUUGCACAGCGGCUGAGAUUUCGACUGAAGGAGGUCUCGCUCUCCCACCAGGUUCUUGACGCAGCAGGGGGCACCAUAAGUCAGAGGGAGGCUCUUGGAUAUGUCCGGCGCUGGUUUGCCGAGGCUGAUGCAAGCUCUGGGCCAGAAGGCCAACCCAGUCCAGCGUUGUGUGUUGGCGGAGGAAUGGCAUUAGAGACCGCUGAAAGGUUCCUGGCGUGGGCAGAGUGCGGGAGUAGGUUCUCAGACUCACUGCGAUCCUUCAGAAAGCGGCGUGCUGCUGAGAAUGUCCUUGUGCUACAUGGACAGCUGGAAGGAACGCAAGGCCUCAUUGACGGACUAAAGAUGCUUCUGCAGAAGGCUAACCCUUCUGAGCGCACAGAACUCUCGCAGAAGCUGGCAGAAGUACUUGCGUCAACGACUAGAUGACAGACAGCAAGCAGUGUGGAUGGGGCAUGGAGCAGCUCAACGUGAGGUGUGUGCCCGGGUCCAUGAUAUAUUCCAGCUUGGUUCCCACAUCCCACCUCUGGUUCGCUCACUCAGACCCGUUUCUGAUGUUGAGCUCAUGCGAUGUCUGUGCCUUGGUCCCUGAUAUAUUCCAGGUUGGUCCCCACAGCCCCCCCCCGGUCUGGUUCGCUCCUGCAGACCCGUUUUUGACAUCGAACUCUUGCAAGGGACAUGCUUUGGAUUUUGGAAGGUCGUCAAAAGGCAUUUCCGAUGCGGAAAGCCUUCAAGGGUUUCCAGUUCUGGUCUUUGUUUUCCUGCGUUUCAGUGGAGGGGACAUCUGGCGAAGCAAUCAAAUUGGACAAACAUUACAAGUAACAAGUACGGGAAGUACCUUCCACAACUCCUCUCAGCUAUAUUGAGCUGCCAGAUCGCUUCCUCAUCUCCUAGAGUUGGAGGCGAAGGCUGCAUAUGGAGUAGCUCCUUCUCAACUCGCUCAGUCUUCUUUCUUCCCUGUCUAAAUGACCCUGUGCAGCUUGGGGGCUUCUUUCCCUCAUUGUGCUUGCUUCUGGUUUACGCUUGUCGUAUGGCAAGCUCAAGCUCAUGAGGAAACUGGAGGUAGCCGGCCGCCCCCUGAAUUCCUCUGCUCCGUAGAAUUGACUCUCGCAGUUGUUGCUUGUGCCAAGCAGAACUUGAUACUUCCAUUAACCAUACUCCGUCUAUUUUGUUGUUCCCCAGGAUUGCUGCCUCAGAAGUGUGUUGCCAUUCCUGCGCCUUGUCGGUAUUCUUUCUGAUUUUCUUCUGAGUUCUCCACCAUUCAGUUGUGUACUGUGUCUCCAGGAAGUGCCUGAGUCCUUCAAUCACAUCCCGGAUUGACAUCAAUUGUUGGUCUAUUGUUUCCUGGGAUCUUCUUUUCCAUGUCAUCCAAAACCAAAGGGAGUAAUAUUGCCCUAGUCUCCAGAAGCAAUCUCUUUCAUAUUUAGACCAGUCUGCGGGUGGCUGAAAGCCAGUCAACAAGAAGAAGGGGUCUGUUCGGUAGGGUCAGCCAAACACUGCUUUGUCCCAUAGUGUACGUGCUUUGUUCCACGGUAGACUAUUCUUCGGACGGUCGAGGAGAUAAUGCCAAAUGUCCUCUGUGCUGCCUGCUUCGCAGUUGCACAGAGUUCCAUGAUCCUACUUAGUCUUUCCUUACUUCUUCGGUCGCUCAGCCGUUGAUUGACCGUUAGUGCCAGGUAAGUGAGAUGAGCCAUUGCAUGCUUCUGACCCUCCUGAUGAGUCUGAUGCCAAGGAUUAGUGGCCAUUGGAUGCUCUGUAAUCUCACCUGAUCCACUCCGAACUGUUUUGACUAUCUUUGCUUCAAGAUUGGAUUGUCCCCAAAGAGUGUGUUUAUUGUCUGGUCUUGAAUCCCAGUUUGGUUGUGUUGUGUAGUGUCUUGACCCAGAAGGCUUUCCCAAAACUCCCUCCCUUCAGCUUCCAAGCCCAUCCGGAUCCAUCAACCUAGAUCCUUUUUAAACGCGGACGGCCUUGAGGUAUUACCUUUGAAAUUUGAAUUGACCGGCCCGACUUGAAUUCAGAGUUAUUUUCACUCAUUCGACUCAUUGGAAUUCGAACUCAGGUCUAUGUUUCGACAGUUCAUAGCCUUUAGGUCCUGGAUGUCAGUUGUGAGGCAAAAAUUAUCGCUGUCCUUCUAAACGUUUCGUACCUUCUGCAGCAGUUCUGCUUUGACGGAGACCUGUGGCCUUGAUGUUCUGGGCGCAUCACUUCUGGCGCUUUCAGAGUGAUGAGACAGCGGAAAAAGAAAAAGGCAAAAAAAAAAAAGAAAGAGGAGACAGCGGAGAAUGGACAGGGGUGGAGCGGUGGUACGCCCUUCCAGUGUUGGAGCUUGGUAGUAAUCAAUUAAUGCCACAGUC